AUGAGGGGAAGCGAUCGCUGCCUCAGCUCCGACCGCGAAGCGAACGGUCUGGACCUUCUGCCAACAGUAUUCCGGUGUGGUCAAUCACAGAGACUAGGUAUUGGCAUCAGAGGGAUUUUAUCUCUAAUUAAAGAACGUCCUGAAGGUGAGUUGAGCGACGUGAAUGCAGUUGCUGGGCUGGCUGGAUUGUUUACAAACAAAGGAACGGAAAAAGUCUGGAUCCUGGAAAUCCUCCGCAGACCAACCUCGACCACUCCGCACUCGCACCUCCAUCACCCAUCCUUUGAUUCGUCUCCAGCUCACCGUCGGUAUCCAUCUGCUGCCAUGGAUAAACGAACUGCUGAAAGUCCGAUGGACUUCGAGUGGCAGUCGAGAGCCCCCGGAGAUGUGACCUCGCCGUUUUACCAGCUCAGCAUGCAGCACGACAACCAGAAGAAGCGCUCACAUAACGUGUUCGACUCCCCCGAAAAGAAACAGAUGCCUGCCCUCCGCGAGCCGAACUCCCAGCCCUUCCUCUUCUCGCAAACGAGACCGCCCGCCCCAGGGACGCCGAAAUCCGCAUUCGCCCAGCCCGCCUUCAUGACGCCGCGCAAAUUCGAUCUCGACUUCUCGUCCGGCGCCGAGAACAUGUCGUCCCCCGAGAAUGCGGAUAACGAUGAUACCCCGGAACAACCUACGAAGACUGGCCAUCGGAAUUCGCUUUUCGGAAUGUAUGGACGUUUUGCGCCAAGUCCUGGGAGAGGCGAGAUCCCACGACUGAGCCACUAUUCCAAUGCGGCGGCACGACGGGUUCACAAGAGACGGCUGCGAAACAAGGCGUUGAAUCUACAAGUGCAGAGGGAUAGCGAUGACGAGAGCGAUCGGCCGAGCAGCAGCGAAGGGAAGAGCAAGCCGAAGGGCGUGAAGAGUGGGAAGCAGGCGUCGCCAGCAUCCUCAUUCAAGAAGUUCUUCACGUUGGUGGAGGCCCAUCCAAACGUCCCCAACAUCCUGUCAUGGUGGGCGCAACUUGCUCUCAACUUCUUCAUUUUCUCCAUGGCCGGCUACGUUAUCUGGGCUAUCGUGUGGACCAUACGGGCGGAGUUCGACCAAGCGGCGGAGGCUGCGUCGGAUACGAUCUUGGCGGAGAUGGCGGCCUGCGCAAAGGACUACGUUGACAAUAGGUGUGGCGGAGGUGAUCGACUGCCGGCUCUGGAAACCGUUUGUGCCAAUUGGGAGCGAUGUAUGAACCGCGACCCGGCCAAGGUUGGGCGGGCCAAGGUGUCGGCUCACACCAUGGCGAGCAUCAUCAACAGCUUCAUAGACCCGAUCAGCUGGAAAGCUAUUAUGUUUUUCCUCGCUACCAUAUCGACCGUCACGGUUGUCAGCAACUGGUCGUUCCGUUCGUUCAGAAAUCGUUACAAUCACGACUACGCCUCUCCACCCCCUGAUUACCAGCGACAACCAUCCGGCCAGCAUCAUACGAUACCUCCACAGUUUUCGGCGCAGCAUCCCCAGUUCGGAUAUGCAACGCAACGUCAGGAUAAUAUAUCCGGGUUUGAUAAGCAGGACGUGCCCCUGCUCCUCGACCAUCCCCAAGCAAUGAAUAUCACCGACCGUAGCCGGGAGAGAGCCAGGAACCCCCGCACCCCGAGUCCCGUCAAACGCGGACGAAAGCUUCUCUGA